UUUUAUUUUUAAUUUUUAAAAAAGAGUAUCUCAUAUAAAAAAAGCAAAAAUAUUUCCAAAUUGAGGCUCUUCAAGGAAACGCGAGUGUUAGCCCCUGGAAAUCUUAGCUAGUUUAGUGCUCUGCCUUUCUUUCUCAUUUCCCUUCUCCUCCUUUCCAUUUUCGAAGAUUCUCGAUAGCUCAUAUAUAGUCCUCCAAUUUCAAAUUCGGGAUAGGGUUCCAAAACUUUAAUUUAGGAAGCCAUAUUCAAUGAAACAGGUAGCUCCAAGCUUAGCUUAGGGUUAUGUUUCUCUGUGAUUGCCGGUCGGCCAGGUGCUGUAAGGGUUUUUGAAUGGCGGCGGGAAAUCCACAGCCACUGCAGGCUCGUCUUUAUGAAGCGCACCUGCGAGCGCCGAUACAGAUCGAGGAAGACGACGGUGGAGAGUACGAGGAUGGUGAAGCCAUGGAUGACGUAGAAGAGGCGCACAUGAAUUCCGGUGUAAACGUGGCAGAUCAUAACGACGGAGUUGGAGGUGGGGCUGGUGUGGUUAUGGCGUCAAGGACCAGUGAACUUACUCUCUCUUUCGAAGGAGAGGUGUAUGUUUUCCCUGCUGUUACUCCUGAGAAGGUGCAAGCAGUGCUCUUGCUCCUGGGUGGACGAGACAUUCCCACUGCUGUACCUACCUUUGAAGUAUCCUAUGAUCAAAAUAACAAGGGCGUAGCGGACACCCCAAAGCACUCAAAUCUUUCACGAAGAAUAGCCUCCCUUGUUAGGUUCCGUGAGAAACGAAAGGAAAGAUGUUUUGACAAGAAAAUAAGAUACACUGUGCGAAAAGAGGUUGCACAGAGGAUGCACCGCAAGAAUGGGCAGUUUGCAUCCUUGAAAGAAAGUUCAGGUGGUUCUAGUUGGGAAUCUACAAAGUCUCACCUACAGGAUAGCGCCCCUUGUCCUGAAACUUUUAUUCGGAGAUGCCAACAUUGUGGUGUUAAUGAAAAUAAUACUCCGGCAAUGCGUCGCGGGCCAGCUGGACCAAGGACAUUAUGUAAUGCAUGUGGUCUGAUGUGGGCCAAUAAGGGUACAUUGAGGGAUCUUCACAAAGGUGGAAGAAACGUUCCUCUAGACCAAAUUGAACAUGAAACCCCAGUUGAUGUUAAGCCUUCUAUUAUGGAAGGAGAAGUUUCGGACAACCAGGAUGAACAUGGAACUCCUGAAGAUACUUCUAAGGUUGUAAGCGAAGGAUCUACCAAUCCCUCUGCCAAUCCAGUAGUAGUUUUGCAAGAAGGGAAUGAAGAUCUUACUAGCACUUUGCCAAUGGGACUUGUCCACUCUCCGGCAGAUCAUGAGCAGGAACCUCUGGUUGAGCUUGCUAAUCCUUCGGAUACAGAAUUGCACAUGCCUGCUAAUUUUAAUUAGAAGGUGAUAGGUGGCUCCUCUUCGCAAACGACGGGGGAGUCUGUUGGCAGAUGGGCAUUUGACUGCACCUUCUUGUUGUGACCAGGAUAUACCUCCAAAGGAGGGGUAGUUAGCAAAUUGAGUUUUAUAACGAGAAACAGGCAGUACGUUGGAUGACGGGAGAUGUGCUGCUGCAGCUGUUUUCAACCAACUCCAAAAUAGUGGUGGAUCUUGUUUGCGUAUGAUUUCCUAGCAGAUGCGCAAGUGAUUAUGCGAUUAAUUUAUUGGACUGUCGCAUAUUGGAACUCGCAUCAGUGCUGUCGUAUUUAACAUGGUGUGACAGAGGAAAAUACGCUGUCCUCUGUUGCAUUAUUGAUUUAGCUUGCAAUAAUCUGGGGCUAUAUUUGUGUUAAGAUACCAAUCUUUUAGGUUAGUCUAUCGAAAUUUAUACAUUACUGAGAGUUUUUAACAAGUACAGUAAUAAACUUCUAUUUUAUUUACAA